AUGACCCCUGGCCACGUUGACUCCUCGGGCGCGGAUGCAACCCGCCCCGCGACCACCGUGAUCGACCCCCUGGAAAGUAGGGCGGCCGCCAGGGCCAAGGCGAAGGCGUCGAUGGAGGAGCUCUACGAGGAGGACGCCGAUGCGGCGAAGAAAGUCGACGCCCCCAUGGACGUGGACCCCAUCGUGGCCAGUGCCAAAGCUGCGCAGCUCGACGCCGACAUGAGCAGCGCCUCCUUGAAGGCCAAGAUCUCAUCAACUGUAGACGCCAUGGUUCCGGAGGCGGAGUUGCUUAUUACCCAUGUGACCACGAAAGAGUUCGACCUUUCAAGUAAGACGCCGCAGGAGUUCGAGGACUUGGUGGAGGCCUUAAAGAACGCCAUCGCGCGCGUAGAGGCCGAGAAGCAGAAGGCCGUUGAAGAGGUCGCAAAGAAGUGUUCUGAGGUGGCGCGGGCGGCGAUGGCUGAUGUCCAGAAGACCUUCAACGGACAGGCUGGCGCCGUGGCAGCACUCAGGAAAAAGAUAGCGGAGCUUCGGGGCAAGCUCCAGAAGAGUAUGCAGGAUGGAUGCAAGACGACGAAGAUGGACAAGUUGAGAGGCAAGCUACACGCGGCCGCAGGGGAAGAGGGAAUUGAGCCAGAUACGAUUCGGAACAUCAAGUACUUGAAGGACAAUACUCACGCGUCCAACGGGGGCGACAUCAAUUUGGGGACCAAGGUGUUCGAGGAGAAGGCGGCGAAGCCAACGCUCGGCGAUGAGGUGAUCAAGAAGACCGAGGACAGCGCCAACUUCAAAAAAAUCUUCAAGUGUUUCACUGAGAAGGUCAGCACCGAUGGCGCUGGCAAGGUCAGCAACUCCGCAAGCUUCAACAACCCCUCGCUUCUACGAGCAGCGAGGGCCGCCAUCAAGGGCGCCGAGGCGUCGGGCGGCCACGAGUACAACAUCAACUACUUCGACAUCCUGGAGGGCGGCAGCACGCUGAACCCGCAGCCGCACGGCUUGCCGCAUUUGCACAUCGUUCGUUACGGGGCCAUUGCCGUGGCCGGCGCGCAAUGCGACGCCGAGAAGCCCGUUGCUCAACAAAUUGUCGACCUCAUGGGCUUGUCUGGCGAGGACUUCGCGAAGACGGUGACCUCCGAGCCGAACCUCUUCGCCGCGGUUAAGAAGGGCGAGGUUCUCUACAUGCCGCCAGGCGUCAUCGCCUGCGCGCGGGCGGCCGAGAACACGACAGGCCUACGCUGGGCGACGAUCAACCAGAAGAACAAGGACGAACUCAAAAAGGUGCAGAUGGUUGUCGCUGCCUUGUGCGAAUCGUACCCUACCUUGCGCGGCUCGCAGCAUGGCUCGCGGCUGAAAUACUUGAGUCGACGAGCGCGACGUCGGGCCCGCGCGACGCCUGUCCGCGCCGUGGCGCACCGCCGCUGCGAUGGACGGUUUGCAGAUAGCAGUGCCGAGGUUUCGGGGCCGGCCUUGCUGCCUGGGGCUUGCCCGCGGUGGUCCGCGGGGCAGCGGGCUCGAAGCGGGCGGUUUUCGAUGACAGGCGAAGCAGACAGUCAGGGCCCAUGGGUCUGA